CAUAGCCCUCAUAAAGUAGCUGUAUAUUGGGCUUUUAACAUCAUGUCUAUUCCAAGCGCAGCGCUAGCAGCUGGAUGGAUACCAUUCGUUGUCACUUUGGUUCUGAUCUUGCUGUUUUCUGGUGCAUAUGUGAAAUACUUCAUUAGUAAGAGAGAUGGUACGAUAUCCAGUACUCUGUCGUCCGUGGUGGCGCUCAGCGUUACACUUCUAACAACAGCUCUGAUCCCUGUCGAUGUCUUCUUAGUCUCAUUCAUGAAAAACACAGAUGGAACAUUCAAAGACUGGGCUGUGAGUAACACAACAAGACAAUCUCUGGAGAACUCCAUAUCGGAUGCUUAUUACUCCCUGUAUGGUUUGAUUGUGUUUUGCCUUUUCCUUCUAUUGCCUUUUAUGUACUUCUUCUAUGAGGAGAGAGAUGAGGAGUCAACAGUUAAAUCUAGAAUGUGUUCAGCCUUUAAGUACACCCUUGUUUCAUUGUUCAUCAUUGUGGCUCUCUUGUUAGUUGGAGCUUUUGUUGGUGUGAAUCAUGAGACACCUCCUUCAGGUAAAAAUAAUACAAACCAGUGGAACAAGAUAGUGGAUCUCUUCAAGGAGUUUAGUAAUGAAAACAAAUUAGAGGAUGCCCUGUCUUUUGUUGUGAGUGUACUGAGUCUUCUGGGGAUGCUGGCACUUAUCAUGUACUCAGCUUAUGGGAUGUCAGCCAUGCCUAUGUCUCUGAUAAAAGGAACAAAGAGUGCAAAGGAAGAAAGACUUGAUGUUCAGAGUCAAAGGUCAAGGAUAAACAACAGGUCGAGUGCCAUCAGGGACAAGUACUCAAGAAGAGGACUCUCCUCGCGGAAUCGGGACAGGGUGGAGAUUUUAGAUGAGGAGGAGAGGUUACUUGAGAGGGAAGAGAAGCACCUAGAGGCCAAAGAGAAAAGUCUUCUACGGAAAUGUCUCCUCAUUUUGAGGCCAUUCGAGGUGGUUUUUGGGGUGGCCUUCUUCUUAGUGACUUUACUGAUUUUUGUGUCACUUCUACUGACAAACAUUGACAAGGCCAUUCAUGGACUGGGUUACAAGUCUGGCUAUGCCCUACCAAAAAGACAACUCCCUAAUCCAGUAGACAUAAUUCUGGUCUUCUGUCAAAAGGUGUUUCCUUUGGAUUACAUCAUGUUUGCUGCCCUGGUUCUGUAUCUCGUGUUCUGUUCUAUGUCUGGUGUCAGAAACAUUGGAAUCUGGUUUCUUUGGCUUAGGAUGUACAAGAUUCGUCCACGCAGAACCCGACCACAAGGUAUUCUGAUGAUGUGUAUGAUCAUGAUGUUUUUGACUUUGGCCAUCAACAUUAUCAUUUAUGAACUCACCCCUCAAUACUCCUCCUUUGGAAGUCAGAGAUAUGUGGAAGUCAAAGGAAACUCCACACAAGAAAUUGUGUCCUGCACAACAGAUGCCACAGCAAAUGACUGCACCAUAACCAGAAUGACCCUGCUGUUGACGAGUUUCUUCUACAGGAUGUGGUUCUUUGGGGCUGCCUAUUACUGGGGAACCUGGGUGUUUCUAGGGUUUAUCCUGAUUGGGUUUGUUAUCUCCGUGAUUAAGAAGAGGAAGUCAUCUAUUGAGGGUGAAGUAGAGAGAGAUGAUUUUGAUGACAGUGAUGAGGAACUGUUAACAGGAUAAAGCCAUAAAUCAGCUGUUUGAUAUGGAAGGACCUACAGAAGAUGGCGCGUACUAUUGUAUUUCAAGCCUAUUCCAGUUAACUACUGGUAAUGGUACAGGUAAUGGUACCCAGUGUGUGCAUGUAGAUAUGUGUAUACAGUGAUAAAUGCAUCUCAGAGAGAAUGAGAGAGAAAGAGAGAUUUAAGAAAUGCAUAAUUUGUUUAAUGUUCAAAAUCUUAUUUAUUAGUCCCCUUCUAAUAAAAUGAGGAUAUUCUAUGUUCUCUCCAUCUCUCCACAUGUUCAGUUUGAUAUUUUUUUAAUUUAUUGAACUUUGAGAUAAUUGAGUAGAAUUCAGAACACAAUACAUAUAUAAAAUUUAAUUGUUAAAUUUGAUUUUUAGGAUUCAGUUUAGAUAAAUUAGAUACAGUGUCAAAGCCCUAAGCUUUGACAAAGCUUGACGUUUCCAAAAAAAAAUCCAUUGCUUUUUCAUAUAGCUUUAAGAUAUUAAAAUUUCAGUCACAUCUGAUUCAGUUUAAAAAAAAAAGUCAACUGCUCCAGUUCAUCAUCAGAAUUUCAUUUCAUUUUGACUGAUUAAUGGCAGUUUUUAACCUUUUGAUAAAUAAAAAGUCUCACAAGUCAUUGAAUUACAGGUACAUGUGUAUUGGAAUGUAAAAUUUCUUAUACAAUAUGAAAUUUUGGUGAACAAAUGUUUAUUUCAUGGGAUUUCUUCUAUUUGACUAAGUUAUGACCCUAUUAACUUUAAAUCACUGCAACUACAAUGGAAUUUUUGGUUGUAAUUAGUGAAGAUUCUGCUUUCUCUGAAUAUUUAAGCUAAAGCUGGAAUGGAGUUGAAAUAUAGGACAGUGUUAUACAUGUACGUGUAUAUAGUAGAUUAAAGUUCUACUUUGUUGGAUUCAUAAGUUUAAAACCUGAAUUGUUGCACACAGAACAUAACAUUGGAAAAAUAAAUAUAGUAAAAUGUUCACUAUUCUACUUAAUUCUUGGAAAUGUAUGUAGUUUGUAUGUAUUCUUUAGAAUGUAUGCAGUGUUAAAAUUUUUCCAGGUUGAAAGGGGACAUAACUUGCUUAGUGUUGCUGUCAAGAUGCUUAUUGUGAAUGAUCUGUGUUGCAAGAAUGAAAAUAUCUUUGAACAGCUUGUUAAUAUGUAUGCAAGGUCAUAUAUUUCUGUGAUAUAUUUAUUUGCUGUCAAAUGUUUCAAUAUUAUCAUUUUUAUUUUUUAUGUUGGUAGCAUUUAAGUCUCCAAAUAUAACUUUAACAGUUUUUCAAAUUUCAAGAAAAUAAAUGUGGAAAAAUCAC